AUGUCAAAGUCCACUACUCAAACUUUUACAACGCAACCAUCUUCUAAAAGUAAAUCUACCAUAAAAAGGUUCUCGGAUAUUCGUCGACGAUUUCCAACUUUUCCUUUUCGAAAUACAAAGAUUAUCAUGAAAUCUGAUUUAGAAAAAAUCUCCUAUAAGAAAUACAAUAACUCAAGUGUUUUUUUGGUUUCAGAAAAUCAAGUAAAACAUCAAAUAUCAUUUUCGGAUUCGCAUGACGAGUCAUAUAAUAAGAAUAAGCUCGAAGAAUUAGAUUUCUUUGAUGAGUUUGAGGAAAUAAUACAACCAUAUGUUCCUAUUUUUACAAGAAAUAAAAAUCAAAUGAUUAAGAAUCAUUCGGAUUAUGAAGAACCAACAAAUGAAAUUAUAAAGAAAAAGCGACGUUUAACUUUCAAGCUGGUAGUAAAAAAAUUCACGAGAAUCGGACAAUAUAAGGAGAAGAGUGAUAAGGAAUAUCAAGACGGCAAGACGAAUCCUUUCGAAUAG